UGGAUUUGUCAUGCACGCCACCCUAUACGGAAACAAUAUUAGCAGGUGCAGGUAUAAGAUCCUGCCUUUGUGUUCAGCUUUCAGUCGCUGGUGGGGAACCUGGGUAACAUGUGUGAGGGCUAUGGGCCAUGGGACUCUUGAUAAUAUGAACUGGACUGGACUACUGCAGAAUCUGCUGAUUAUAGUCCACCUCAGGCAGAUCACAUGUGGUUCUGUCCAGUUUUCCAUUCCCGAGGAGCAGGAGGCCGGCAUUCUGGUCGGGUCACUUAGUAAACAUUUUUCCCCUCCAUACCAGCUCCUGAUUCAGGACUACCUGUGGAUGGACAAAAAUACAGGGGAUUUCUACACCACCGAGCAAAAGAUGGAUCGCGAGGCCCUCUGCCCUGAGGAGACAAAAGCUGAGGGAUGCAUUAUCCCACACAAUGCCAUUGUGGGACCCUCAGGAGACCUUAUACAGUUUCUUGAGAUCAUAGAGGACAUCAAUGACAAUACACCUCAUUUUGAAAACAGUGAUAUUCGCCUGAGUGUGCCUGAGGAUGUGACCGUAGGGACCAGUUUCCUUAUGGAUGACCAGGCCCAGGACAGGGAUGUUGGCCGUAACGGAGAGUUACAGUACCACCUAGACGGUUCUGAUGGGGUUUUCAGUUUAACAGUGGAAGAGGGUCCUGUCAUUAUGUUGGUUGUGGAAAGGACUCUAGACAGAGAGACUCAGGAUCAGUAUCAGAUGGCACUGGUGGCCACUGAUUGUGGUCCAGAACCUUUAAGUGCUACAGUGACUCUGACUGUCAAGGUGACUGAUGUUAAUGACAACUGUCCGAGCUUUAGCCCUGACAGCCAUCACAGAGUCACCAUCCCUGGGGAUUCCCCCAAAGACACAGUGGUGACUCAGGUCAGAGCAAUAGACCCAGAUUUAGGCCCCAACGCUGCCAUCGUUUACUCACUCAGUCCCAAGGUCUCUGAGCGGGCCAAGCAGCUUUUUAGCCUGGACAGCCACACUGGGCACAUCACACUUACACAGGACCUCCGGAGUGACAGUCCCGAGGAGCUGGUGUUGAAAGUGUUAGCUAGCAGCCAUCACUGCCCCCCAGCAGACACUCAGGUAACCAUAUCUGUGCUCCCCACGGCAAGCCAAGUGCCAGCGAUAAAGAUCGGGUUCAUAGCAGAGCAUCAAAACCAGACUAUGGUGUUACCAGAGAACCAGCCCCCCACUGUCUUAGCUGUUUUAGAGGUUGGGGGGGACAGCAGCUUUAAACACACAUCUCUUAACAUUGAGGGAGAAGUGCCUUUCAUAUUAAGCCCGCAGAAUGGCAAGUAUCUUCUUUCAACAUCAAAGCCCUUAGACUAUGAGAUGAAAAGUGAAUAUCAUAUUUCUGUAGUGGCGCACAGGCCAUCAGCUGAAGGAUUUGUGAGCACACGCUCUAGGCAAGAGAUCAGGGUGCUAGUGGUGGAUGUCAAUGAUAAUGCCCCACAUUUCCUCCAGUCUCACUACCAACUGGAGGUAGAAGAGAACAACAUUCCAGGUGUGUCACUGCUGAGGGUCAGGGCUUCAGAUGCAGACAGUGGGCGCAAUGGCAAGGUCACAUAUAGGCUGGGCCAACAUACAUCCCCCAAGUUUAAAAUGGACCAUGUGACAGGCCAACUGUCUGUGUCAGUCUCACUGGAUAGGGAACAGCAGGAUGUGUACACACUCACUGUGCUGGCGAGAGAUAGCGGCUCCCCUCCCUUGGAGUCAGUGGCCACAGUAUCCAUUCACGUUCUGGACCAGAAUGAUAAUGCACCACUUUUCCUAAGCCCACACUUCAUCUUUUUCAUCCCUGAGAAUGUAGCACUGCUUGCACAGGUGGGUAAGGUGGGGGUGACAGACCUAGACGAAGGGGAGAAUGGAAUCACGGAGGUUCGUGUUGUAAAUAGCAGUGGACCAUUUGUUGUGGACAACGCCCAGGGGACACUGCGUUGCACCACCAACUUGGACCGAGAGACAGAGGACCGCUAUGAACUACACCUGCUGGCCAGCGAUCAUGGGCGCCCCUUUGCUUUGACCUCCACUGCCAGAGUAACUAUCUUUGUGGAGGACAUCAAUGAUAACCAGCCAAAAGUGAUCCUUCCCAACAGCAACCUGUCCUGCCUGACAGUCUCUCCAGCAACUGUGGCAGGUACCAUGGUAACGAAAAUCUAUGCCAUUGAUGAGGACUCAGGACUAAAUUCGGAGAUUACGUACACCAUUGCGGCACGAGAGCCAGCCCACCACAGCAGCCCCUUCCGGUUGGACUCAAGGUCAGGGAAUAUCACAUUAGCUCAGCGUCUGCUAGGGACAGACCUGGGAAUGCAUCACCUGUUCAUUGUUGUCAGUGAUGGUGGGAAACCAGCUCCGCUCCACACCACUGUUUGGGUUAAUCUAUUGGUCAAUGAGACCAUGGAGCCUUGCCACCUGGACAGCGUGCCCAGGUCUCUGCCUUACAGGUUGGCACCGACCCCCGCGGAGGCACCCAUCUGUGAUAUGGAGGAGAGAACUACCGGAUCUGCUCAGCUGAUAUUCUUCGUAGGUCUGGGUAUGAUGCUGACUUCCAUCUGUCUAUUUGUGGCGACAGCUGUUUUUUACCUGAAACAGAAGAAAAGAAGUCCACGACAGAACAAGACAGGACAGAUUGGGGAGAAUGAGAUUCCAGAAAAUAGAAAAAUAUUACUCUGAUGAGUAACAGACUAAAGCAAACACUGUGUAAUCCUUGUUUGUACAGUGUCAAGUAUGAAAGCAGCCUGUGAAUUAAAUACAUUUUCAAUAUUUGUGUAAGGCUUCAUGUAUUUCCAUGCCUGAAUUCUUUGAAUUAUUCUGAUACACAGUGCAAUCACAGGUUUAUCAACAGUUAUCUUGGUAAUCUAUAAAAUGAAAAAUGGAAUGAAAAAAACGUUGAUCUGUUUUGCUAAA